GAGGCGGGGCCCUUUGUGGGAAGAUCUUGGGGCGCGCCCCUCCCCUCGGCCCGCGGCUGCCCCCACCCCCCUGCCGAGUACACCCGGAGCCCCGCAAGUGCCCGGGGAAACCGAGCAGCGGGGCGCCCUGGGACUUGGUUCAUGGGGGCCGCGCCCCAGGGGCCAGGCUCCACACCCCUUUUAGGGUGGGGGAUGUGAGCGGAGCGGCUGGCGUCCGGGGGACAGCUCCGCUGCCACGACAGGGAGACUAGGGAAGCCUGUUUGACUUUCGGAACUAAAGCUCAGCUGCAAGGUACCCAGAUCCAUCUCUGUGUUGCAGCCCUGUGCACUGGGUGGCCUGAGAGGCGGAGGCGGACUGCAUGGUCAGCGCUGUGUGAGCUCUCAGCGUUCUGUGGAAGACAGCAUGGGCUGAACUGGAACUGACCUGAAUGUCAGCAAAAGGAGUCGCUCAGCAUGCUGUGCCCACGCCGCGCUCAGGUGCACUGACCAUGAGCCCCAACUCCUCCCUCGGCCACAGGAAGGAGCUGAGCAACCUUACUGCCGAGGAGGCUGGGGACGGGGGCGUCGUCACGGAGUUCGUCGCCAUCAUCAUCAUCACCGUGUUUGUCUGCCUGGGCAACCUGGUCAUUGUGGUCACCUUGUACAAGAAGUCCUACCUCCUGACCCUCAGCAAUAAGUUCGUCUUCAGCCUGACCCUGUCCAACUUCCUGCUGUCCGUGCUGGUGCUGCCCUUUGUAGCGACAAGCUCCAUCCGGAGGGAAUGGAUCUUCGGUGUGGUCUGGUGCCACUUCUCCGCCCUCCUGUACCUGCUCAUCAGCUCGGCCAGCAUGCUCACGCUCGGGGUCAUAGCCAUCGACCGCUACUACGCUGUCCUGUACCCCAUGGUGUACCCCAUGAAGAUCACGGGGAACCGGGCCGUGAUGGCGCUGGUCUACGUCUGGCUGCACUCCCUCAUCGGCUGCCUGCCCCCGCUGUUCGGCUGGUCGUCGGUGGAGUUUGACGACUUCAAGUGGAUGUGCGUGGCUGCCUGGCACCGGGAGCCCGGCUACACGGCCUUCUGGCAGAUCUGGUGUGCCCUGUUCCCUUUCGUGGUCAUGCUGGUGUGCUAUGGCUUCAUCUUCCGCGUGGCCCGGGUCAAGGCCCGAAAGGUGCACUGUGGCACUGUGGUCAUCGUGGAGGAGGACGCGCAGAGGAGCGGGAGGAAGAACUCCAGCACUUCCACCUCGUCCUCAGGCAGCCGGAGGAACACCUUUCAGGGCGUGGUCUACUCAGCCAACCAGUGCAAGGCCCUCAUCACCAUCCUGGUGGUCCUCGGCGCCUUCUUGGUCACCUGGGGCCCGUACAUGGUGGUCAUCACCUCCGAGGCACUCUGGGGGAAGAACUAUGUCUCCCCAACCCUGGAGACCUGGGCCACAUGGCUGUCUUUCACCAGUGCUGUCUGCCACCCCCUGAUUUAUGGCCUCUGGAACAAGACGGUCCGCAAGGAGCUCCUGGGCAUGUGCUUUGGGGACCGGUAUUAUCGGGAGCCAUUUGUUCAGCGACAGAGGACGUCCCGGCUCUUCAGCAUUUCCAACAGGAUCACAGAUCUGGGCCUGUCCCCACACCUCACAGCACUCAUGGCUGGCGGACAGCCCCUCGGGCACAGCAGUAGCACUGGGGACACCGGCUUCAGCUGUUCACAGGACUCAGGAACGGACGUGAUGCUGCUGGAGGAUUGGACCUCAGAGGACAACGCCCCCUCCCACUGCACAUGCCCGCCCAAGAGGAGGAGCUCGGUAACAUUUGAGGACGAAGUGGAGCAAAUCAAAGAAGCUGCCAGGAACUCUGUUCUCCAUGUGAAAGCUGAAGUGCACAAGUCCUUGGACAGCUACGCAGCCAGCUUGGCCAAAGCCAUCGAGGCAGAAGCCAAAAUCAACUUAUUUGGGGAGGAGGCUUUGCCAGGGGUCCUGUUCACAGCACGAACCGUUCCCGGGGCUGGCUUCGGGGGCCGCCGAGGCAGCCGAACUCUUGCAAGUCAGAGGCUGCAGCUGCAGAGCAUCGCGGAAGGGAACGUAUUAGCUGCGGAGCAGCGAUGAGGCGCCCGGGGUGGCUGGGCUGGAGCCGGAGAUGCUCCCGUGGAGGGCUCCCACCACCUCGGUGCUGGACUUGGGACACAGGAGAGGAAACAUCUGUGUACAGCCACCAGGGCGAAUAGAACAUCUCCAGUCUGUGACUCGGGGGUCCGCAUGUCAGGCUCACACAGACAGCAGAUGGAGGUGUGGCUGACUCGGGAAGGCGGGACGUCCAGGAGGACCAGCGGCCCUGCGCUUGGAAGGGAACCACCACACAGAUUGUUUACUCUCCUCACACCCUCUGGUCUGGGAGCCCAGAGUGUACCGCCCAGAGGCCGCCUAGGGGAACCCUUCCCAGUGCACCUGAACAUGGCACUAUGGUUCUAAACCCUGCAGGCUUCACCCACCGGGUGACAGAUGAGGGGUCCCAGACUGAGCACGAGCACCUAGGAACAGAGCGCCCGCCUGAUGCACUUCCUACACACGCUCUCCAGCGGCGCCCCCUGCUGGUGCCAGUGGGCACAACCUGUAGGCUGCUGGGGAUGGGUCAACCCCACCCACCUUCCAGUGGACGGAUUCUUUGGUAUUUCACAAGGGAGAAACCACUAUAAAAGACAGAGGGGGCGGCACCCGGUGUUUCAUUUCCAGAAUUAGACAUUUGGUUAGGACACUUCACAGUCUUAUCAAGACUGACCAUGGCUGUGGGGCCAAGUGCACCAGAGCCCCGCUGCUGCUGCUGUUGAAGGGAAUGCCUUCACAUAGGGGAGCCUCAGUAUGGGUUCUGUGGGGAGUGCUUGAGUGGCCAGUGCACGUCGCUGGCCUCAGUUCCACAGGGCCUGGCCCUAGCAGCGAGUUACCUAGCAUAAGACAAAGCGGUGGAGCUGCAGUUAGCAAGCUGGGUUCUUGACUCAGCUCCGUCUUUGUGCGUGUCGUUGGGGGCAUUCUGUCACCUCUGCAGGCCAUUUGUGAAAGGAGAAAAGGAAGUGAGGUGCUAGGCUGAAUGGUCUGAGAUGAUUUCCAGCUCUCAUCGUCUUUGUCCUCUGAACUUGUAAAUGAGAGUGGAUCAGUGUUUGUCUCCUUUCGACAGCUCCCAGUGGACCCUUGUCCCUGUUUCGUGGCCUUCUGGAGCACAGUCCUAGUGGAGUGUGGACCACAAAGAUGUGGAAGAGAAGAAAGAGUGCGCCACCUCGAGGUGGGGUCAGGACAGCAGGUGUAGGAUACAUGGCCCGGCUGCUCUCCUCUCCCCUUGGAGCUGGAACAGCAGCUGAAGUUUGGGCUUGGAGUAGCGGCUGCCCUGAAUUGGGAAGUCACUGAAUCCCCUUCCCGCGCCACCCUUCAGCCUGAGCGAUCAAGUGAACUAAGACAGCCGAGGGUAGACUCCAAGGGCAGCUCAUUCUGUCCGCUAGUAGGCAGCUAUUCCAGCAAGGGAACUAUCCUCGAAGCAUUUGUCUGGGGUCUCACUGGCUCCUGGUGAGGCAGAAGCCAGAGGCUUGCUCAUCCCGGUCUGCAGUGUAUCUCAACAGCUACUGCUGUUGGUCAGCUGUAUGCUGCGGACCGGCCUGGGUUCGGGGGAGCAGGAGGAACCUGUGGCUUCUGCUGACAUGUGCAGGACAAGCAGACACCGCUGUCACUGCUGGGUAGCAUCUUGUUGCUGAGGGCAGGGUAUGUUUUUGGUUUAUGUACUCCAUAUAGUUUUUUUCUAGCACUUGUCCAGUUUCUGAAGGGACUGUAUUCCCGGUUAAUUAGUAUGUACAAAGGUGGAACAGGGCAGAGACCUUUACCUUUGCAUGAGGUCUGUGGUCCGGAGAUUCUGAGUGUACUAAACUGCCUGGGCCUCGAAGAGGUGGAGAACGCUUCCCUGACUGCUGUAGGCUGGGCUCUAGAGAAACAGUCCUGAGGCUCCAACACCCACUGGCUGCCUCUAGACUAGUAAGUCAAAUAGGAUCGAAUCUAAACAAAGAUAUGCUGCAUUUCACAAAAGGAUUCACUGUUCAGCCUUUUUAUGCAAUGCCCCCCCCCCCCUUUUUUUAAAAGGCAGUGUUUUGCUAUGUGGUUUGGGCUGGGCUUGAACACACCUGGUAGCCCAGGCUGUCCUCCAACUUGGAGUGAUCCUCCUGGCUCAACCUGAGGCCCAUGCAUUUGUGCAGCUGCCGGGCAGUGCAGCCUGCUGUGUGCAUUGCACCGAGCCAGGCGCUGGGGGCAGAAACACUAUUUUCUUUUGGUUAAGGGAAAGAGACCCGGGAGGCGCUGAUUCCUGUAAGGCGGUUAAGUAGUGCUUGUGGAAAGCACGAUGGCUCCAGAGGACGGUAUGUAUUUCCCGUGAAGCAGGUGACAGUUUGCACUAAGCCUCGGAGGAUGUUUGGGAGGUAGGACCGUAUUCGGCGAGGUCAGGAGUCGGAUUUGCCCAGUUGAGCUGGAGGGGAGGGCGUGUUGGGGGAGGGGAAGAGCGGAUCCCCACACAUCCCGGCCUUCCUGGGGCGCGGUGGGCCCCCUGCCUUCGCUGCGAAGCUCAGAACCCCACACAGUCCCAGGCUCAUCCGCUGUAAACCGCGGGGCAGUGGGGGCCUCCGGCCUUCCCAGAGGGAGCCGGGCAGUGGCAAGGGGGACAUUUGGCCACUUACUUGCUUACAUACCUCAGCCCUGUGACUUCUGGUUUGACAGGACCGCCUUGAGGCGGUUGCCCAUUUCUGCUUUUCUCACCGAGAUUGCCACUCAGUCUGUCCCGGCUCCACGUGCCAGGUGUGGGGCCGCCAGGAGGCGCACACAGGGCCGCACUCCGGGACGAGCUCCGGCCUCGGACAUGAGGUGGCAGCCUCGAGGCUGUGCGGAGCUGAGGGCACCUCCAGCCGCUGGUGGGCCCGGGCUCUCGCUGGGACGUCUUCAUUAGUGACUCAUCCUUGGCAUUGGCAACCGAGGGCCACUCAGGCAGCGUGCUUGCGUGUGACCCCGCCUGAUUCUCAGGUCCUGCCUCUCCUCGGAAGCGCGCCACGGCUCCUGGAGCUGCGGGCGUGUGGCGCGGGAGGGGCCCGGGGUGCCGUGGGUUUUCUUUUUCAUUUGCAGAGCUGCUGUGUUGCCUUUGUAAAGAAUUGACCGACCAGGGACACUCCUUCAGUAUUUGCAAUAGGCCACAGCAGUCUGGGUCAAGAAAAGGAGGGAGGUACAGUGCUUUGAUAGAGAAAGAGGUCGGGUUAGUUUCCGCGAAGCCAACCAAGAGCACUGUUCAUUUCGACGGCGCGCUGAGAGCAGACCACUGCAGGUGAGGGACUUAUCCCUGGACUGGCCACAAGACACUCAUGACGGGUGUUCAGCCUCGAGCCGUCUGUCUCCUGUCCCGAUGUGACAGUGAGCGCGGAGUGGCUGUUAAGUGUCUGCUGUGGGCCAGCCUGGUGACACCGAGAGCCCUUGUGGGAGGCACUGUGAGGACCUCUUGCUCCACGCUGUCUGCUUUGGCGCCGUUGGGAUACAGAGGAAUGGUGCAGGCUCAGCUCUUACGUUGCGUUGAGCUCCCUGAUUGGCUGAGUGUUCUUGGGCAAGUUACUCAUGUUUCUGCAUCUGUAACAUGGAGUUUUGUAACCUUUUAUGUGGAGACGCAGAGGAUCCAGACGCCUCCCUUUACACAGGGUGGUCGUGUGGAUCCCGGGAGGAAGUACUUGUAAAUCGUCCGGCACAUACCUGUGUGUAGGCAGAGCUGAGCUUGUAGCUUUUGUUCUCAGUAACUGUGAGGGGGCUGAAUUAUUCUUGUUCGAGAGAUGACUAUAACACGAAGUGAGAAUCUUGAAAAGGUAACUGUUAUCCUAGAUUGGAGGUGUUGACUGCUGUUGCCACGGGACUUGUCAUUUGCUGUGCGAGCAAAAAGACUUGCAGCAAAGAAUGAUGGUGAGGCGGGGAAAGGCAGUGUGGAGAGGAACGGCUCAGUAGCAUCUGGAACACUCGAGGUCUGAGGGACCAAAAUGAACUUGUUAUGAAUAUUUUGCCCAUGUGCCAAUGCCCUAUUUGCACAAAGUAUUCCAAAGCUGCCCUGAUUGUCUGUUAAAGAUGGUUUGCAGUCCCAAAUCGCAGCACAGAAUCCAUGACCUUUACAAGGGACCUUGUCCCUGAGCAGUGCCCUCAGGUGCUGAGGGAAGACGGAGGCAGGGGGAGGUGUCCAUGCUGUCACCAUGGUGUGUGCAGCACCCUGAGGAAGCCUGUGGUAGAGGAAGGGGAAGUCAGUCUACACCCGAGGCACACGGAAAUGGCUGUGACGAGCCCUAAGUGACUUCGAGAAGGGGCAGACUGGUACCGUCACCAUCCUAGCAAGGAGGGGAGGGGACAGAGUCCUGGGAGGAUGAUGUUAACGGAGAGCUCAAAGUGAGUUAUGCCAAUCAGAGCCAAACUCCAGGUCGUGGCCACAGGGCUGACUGAGGGAAGGAAGGAGCAGCUUUGUAGCUCAAGGAUGAGGAGGGAUGGUUAAGUCCGCACUGUCAACAAGGCCAGCUGUUAGCUAGGCAGGAUGAAAAGGAACCACUGUCAUCCACGGAGCUUGUUCUACUGGCCAGGCCUAAGAAAACAAGAGAUUGUGAAGGUCCAACUCAAGUGGACCUGUUGGGAAGAAUUCGAAGCACAAACCCAACUCUGCACGAUUACCAAGAGCACAUUUUUGGUCAGUGUUGUUUUUAGGAGAACAUAACACACAAAGCUGUGUUCAUUUUCCUCAGCAGUAUUAGGAAUUAGUAGACACUUGUGUUUUUCCUUUUGACUACCGUUUUGAAACACUACAAAUUACAGGGAAGUCAGCCCCUCCCGGAAGAGAGACAGGCCCGUGCAGGCAACACACCAAGUGUGGCAGAAAGCCUGUGUGCACAGAAGUGGGCCUGUCAGCCAGGGCUGUGCACACGGCUGAAGGACAGCCGUGUGUUCUGGUAACGGACACUGCAUGCACAAGUGGCUUAGGACCAAACUGUCAACCAACAUGAUCCAAGCUAGUCCUGAAAUAUAUUUAACUUGAAGUUUUUGGAUGAUUUUUUAAAAAUAAUGUUUUGGGUUAUUAUAAAUCAGUAUUUAUAAACCAGUAAAAGUGUAUUUAGAAUAGUUUUGUUUAUAUGAUUAA